AUGUCUUCACAGAACACUUUGUACGAUCCUAGUGAUGUGUCGGUUCUAGGCAAAAGAAAAACUGUCUCCGGAGAUGAUUCAAGUCUCAAUGAGGAAGAAGGGUCAUCAUUAAACAACAACACCACCACCACCACUCCAAGUGAUCCUUCUCAGAAAAAAGUCAAAUCAUCAUCACUCUCUACCAAUGAUGAACAAAAGUUCGAUGACACAAGAGGCGCCUCUUCAAUGAAUAACACCAUCAAUAAUAAUAACACCAUCACCGACAACACCAACAAUAACACCAUCAACAAUAAUAUCACCAACAAUACCAACAAACGCACAAACUAUGAUGAAAUUAUUCCUGAAAAUGAAAUGUUCUACAAAUACUAUUAUGAAAUUCAAAAAAUUGUUCAAUCUAAAGAAGAAAUGGAUCAAAUGAUGCAAUACUUUCAACAACCUCUUCCUCUUACUUUUCGUAUCAACAAAUCACUUCCUCUUGAAUUAAUUCAAAAAAUUAAAUCUCAAUUGAGUGAAUUUAAAACUCAAUUAAAUCAUUACAAAUAUGAUGAAGAGACUGAGAAAGUUAGAUCUAUGACUGAUAUUGAAUCUAAAGGAGUUCAAAUUGAUAUCAUUCAUUUGAAUCACAUCAAUGAUUUAUUUUAUCAACUUUGUCCAAAUAUAUCAAAAAGAAAAUUGAGAAGACAAAAUAGUGCAUGUGGAAUGAGUGUUGUUGAUGUUGGAAAGGUCAACAGCAGUGUUAAUGAUAAUACUACUUUCAAUGCUACUCCUAAUUCGACUACAACUCCCAAUGUUACUGCUGCUACUACUCCUACUAGAACUGACAGUGGUGCUGCUGAAUAUGUCAACUUGGAUGAAAUCAAUGGUCAAGAUUUGAAUGACUUACAAGAUGACAUGAUAAUGACGACCACUUUAGAUGAAAGUGAAGGAUCAACUCUAUUAACUAGUUUUAGAGAUUAUCUUGUCAAAUUAACAACCAUUGGAUAUAUUAGUAGACAGGAAUUAGUGAGUAUGAUACCUCCAUUAUGUUUUACACCAGCCAUCAUGACCACCACUACAACUACUACAAUUCCUACAACUACUACUAUUCCUACUUUGGAUACUACUACUACUACUACUACUACUCAACAACAACAACUGGAAUCUAAAGAGUUGAUGGAAACAGAGAUGGCAAUGACAUGGAAUGAUGGCUAUGUGGACAUGUGUUCAGCACCUGGAAGUAAAUCCGCUCAAAUGGUGGAAUAUUACUUGAAUGGAAAGGAUAAAUUCCUAAUCUGUAAUGACAUUGACCGUAAAAGGCUAACCACCUUAUUUUCCAAUUUGAAUCGUGAACCUCAACAAUUGACUUCGAAUAUUGUAGUGACUCAUCACAAUGCAGUCACUUUACAUCAAGUAUUAGCAAGUUCAACCAUUCAGGGACAUGCACUCUCUCAUGUUCAUCAUGUCUUGUGUGAUGCAGUCUGUUCAGGUGAUGGAACACUUCGAAAAUCACGUGAUUUAUGGGAGAGAUGGAACUAUGAACAUGGACAUGUGAAUCACAUGACUCAAGUAUCCAUUCUUGUGAGUGCCAUGAAUAUCAUUCAAACAAGUUUUAAUCAAGAACAAGAAGAAAAAGCAGUACUAGUUACUACUACUACUAGUACUACUACUACUAUUGAGAAGAGUUCAAAUCAGUCGAGUGGUGGUGAUUCAAGUCAGAGUGGUUCAAUUCAGAAUGAUUCAAUUGGUUCAAUUCAGAAUGAUUCAAUUGGUUCAAUUGGUUCAAUUGGUAGUGGUGAUAGUGGUAGUGCCAUUCUUUCAAAUACAUACCAUGGAGAAUAUGAAAUUGUCUAUUCCACUUGUUCUUUGAAUCCUAUUGAAAAUGAAGCUGUGGUCGCAGAAGCCAUUCGAAGAACGAAUCAUCGAUUUGAAUUGGUGAAUCUUGAAGAGACUUUUUCAAAUUCAAUUUCCUAUCGCAAAGGAAUGAAUGAUUGGAAAGUAGUGGAUCGAAAUGGACAAGUUGUGAAUUCUUUUGAAGAAUGUAUAUUGGAAGGAGAUUUCAUUCCUCGUUCUGGAUCAAAAUCUGAUAAUAGACCUAAAAAGGAAACAUGUUCUAGAAUUAGUGCAAGCAUGUUUCCUAAAGAAGAUGUCAAAUCUAUGAAUUUACAUUAUACCAUGAGAAUUCUACCUCAUUUGAAUAAUAGUGGUGGUUUCUAUGUAGCUAAAUUAAGAUUGAAAAAAGAAUUUCUCAUGAAUGAUGAAGAAUUUAAAACAAGAAGACAACGAAAAUUCGAAAAAAAAUUGGAAAAAAAGAAACAUCUACAACAAAAACAAACACCUAAUAAGAAGAAUGUGAUUUAUGUGAAGGCAUUGAAAGAACAUGUUCAACCUUUGUUAGAUUUUUAUCAAAUUGAUUUGACAAGAAUGAUGAAUCAUUCCAACAACACAACAGAUCAAGUAAGAAUAGAUCAAGUAAGAAUAGAUCAAGUAAGAAUAGAUCAAGUAAGAACAGAUUCUGAUACUCUCAUUAGGAAUCAUUUUCUCGUUCAAACCACACCUGAAAGUAAAUAUGCUCAAGCCAUCCUAAAGCUUUCACAAGUCAAUCCUACCAAUUCAGAUACAAUCACCAAUUCAAGUACAACCACAUCAGCAACCACAUCAACCACAAUUGCACCUCCAAAGAAAUUUACAUUCAUGAAAAAUUCAUACCUUUGUGAAUAUUUGAGAACCAACUUCUCUCCUGAAGAAUCAUUGAAUAUGAAAAUAUUUCAUAGUGGAAUUGUUGCAUUUGAAGAUUCAAAAGAUUCAAAAGUAUUUCAAAUCACUUUGGGUGGAGCAUUGUCAUUGAUAGAUUGUAUGGAUCCAAAUUCAACACAAUUGAUGGAAAUUACAAAAAUGCAAAUGAAACACUUGUUGACGGAUGGAAAAUUACCACUUGGUGAUUCAAGAUUUAUUCAAAAUGAAGAACUUGAAAAGAAACAAUUAGAGAAAUUAAAGGAAAUGAAAAUGGGUGGAUGUGUGUUGAAAUGCAUGAUGGUGGACUCAUCAGAUCACAAAAAGUAUUUACUUGCUGUUGGUUUGAAAUACAAUGCCAAUACCAUUUUCAACAGAACUGAAAGAGAAGAAGCUGCCAAUUUACUCAUCAAAUUGGAUUAUGAUUUUUAUUAUUGA